AUGAAAUUUGAUGAAGGUUGUCUGAAUAUCAUGUUUGCACAACAGAAAAAUGACCAGAAUGGACAGACAGCAACACUGAACCCAAGGCAAGUGUAUGCAAAUCCAACAAACCCAGCUGUAUGUCCUUUGUUUGCCCUCUCCCUGUACAUGGCAACAUUUGGUGGUAGAUGCGCCAGCAACGACCGGCUGUUUCCAGGCAUAUCACAAUAUAAACGCUUUAUGGAUGGACUUGGGGCCAUUCUGAAGGAGCAUGAAGCAGAAGCAAAGCUCACUUUGUUGGUUAACGAAACCAUAUCUGACAUUGGCUCGCACGGUAUAAGAAAAGGAGCAACAAAAUGGCUAAGUGGACAACCAGGAGGCCCUUCUGCGAUCUCUAUCUGCAUUCGCGGAGGUUGGUCGCUUGGAGGUGUAAAGGAUGUCUAUAUGACGUAUAAUGCUGAAGGAGACGCAUUCUGUGGUCGUAUGCUGUCACUCCUACCACUUCUGAGCCCUGAUUUUUGCAUCAAGUGCACCAAAGAUAGUUGA